GCUUGCGGGCCUUUCAAACAUGGAGGAGCGGGAGCGGGAGUGGGGGGCGAGGUCGCCCGGAGCCGGCAGCCCCGGGCGCCCGCCCAGCCCGCGCCUGGAUGUCAAGUCUGACCGCUUCGACCCGCUGCUGGCCCUGUACGCGCCGUGCCUGCCCCCCAUCCCCUACCCCAACGCGCCCUGCUUCAACAACGUGGCCGCCUACGAGACCUUCCUCAGGACCGGCUGCCGGGGCGGGCGCGGGCGGGCGCGGAGCGCGGCCCCGGCCCCAGGGGCCCCCGCCGCCGCCGCCGCCGCCGGACCCUCGAGCAGGACCCGCCGCCGCCGGGACGCCCCCGCCCCGGACCCCGAGCGCAUCGAGCGCCUCCGCCGCCUCAUGGUGGUCAAGAAGGAAGGGGACGAGGCCGACGGGGAGAGCCGCCGCGCCCCGGGCCGGGGCAGGAGAGCGCCGCGCAACGUGCUCACGCGAAUGCCCCUGCACGAAGGCAGCCCUCUGGGUGAACUCCAUCGUUGUAUCCGGGAGGGGGUGAAAGUGAAUGUUCACAUCCGCACUUUCAAGGGACUUCGGGGCGUCUGUACAGGCUUCCUCGUUGCAUUUGACAAGUUCUGGAAUAUGGCACUUACUGAUGUGGAUGAGACCUACCGAAAGCCUGUUCUAGGCAAAGCAUAUGAGCGGGAUUCUUCAUUGACUCUCACGAGGCUAUUUGAUCGACUAAAACUUCAAGAUUCCUCCAAGAAGGAGGCAGAUUCUAAGUCUGCAGUUGAAGACUCCACUCUGUCCAGAUACUCCCAGACAUCCACUUGGAAGGUAGCCUCAGUGUGGGGAAGAGAAGACACUGACCGGGUCUCACGCAAACAUUCCCGCUCCGUCCCUUCUUCCCUGCAGGCAUCUACAAGGGAGGAGUCCAGGUCAGAGCUGUCAGGGAGGACUAUUCGGACAGAAGGGUCUAGUGCGGGAGGUACCUUUUCCAGAGCUACUACCCUUUCUAGGGGCCAGUCCCGUAAGAAAAAGAGAAAGCCCAAAGUAGAUUACCAACAGGUAUUCACUAGACACAUAAAUCAGAUUUUCAUUCGAGGCGAGAAUGUCCUGCUAGUUCAUCUUGCACAGUGAGCAACUCUGCUUCACUUGAG